AAAUCUUUGCCACUAUAAUACCCUCUGAAACUUAGAAUUCUAGUACUUGCUUUACUACUAACUAGUGCAACAAGGAUUGAAACAUGGGAGAAAAACAAGCUGAACAUGUUGAGCCAGAACAGGAGACAUCAGCUCCUCUGGCUUUGGCCCCAGCAGCUUCUAAAGAAUCCUCCCCUCAGGCUUUGGCCCCUGCCCCAGCAGCUUCUAAAGAAUCCUCCCCUGAAGAAAAACCCCCAAAGCAUGACUCAUCUGAGAAGGCCCUUGUUCCAAUCGAGAAACCAAUUUUUAUUGCAGAAAAGCCUGCAGAACACCGUGAAGAUGAAAAGAACAAGGUGGAUCCCAAGGACAGAGAUGCUGCUCUGGCACGAGUAGAAUUGGAGAAAAGACUGGCUUUGAUAAAAGCCUGGGAAGAAAGUGAAAAAGCUAAAGCAGAUAACAAGGCUUAUAAAAAGUUGUCUUCCAUUGGUGCAUGGGAGAACACAAAAAAAGCAUCAGUAGAGGUGGAACUAAAGCUGAUUGAGGAAGAAUUUGAGAAGAAGAAGGCCAAAGCUGCAGAAAGGAUGAAAAAUAAAAUGGCCGAAAUUCACAGGAAAUCUGAGGAAAAGAGGGCAAUGGUUGAAGCAAAACGAGGAGAGGAUAUUCUCAAGGUUGAGGAAACGGCAGCCAAAUUCCGCUCAACUGGCAACGUCCCAAAAAAGUUAUUCGCAUGCUUCGGUUCCUAAAACUUUUCCUCCCAUUACAGGUAACAUGACAAGGAUUGAAAGAAGGAAGUACAAAUAUUGGUUUGCACCUUCUGUAAUUAUUAUUUUUUUUUUUUUUUUUUGUAUUCUGUUGUUUAAUGGUAAAUAAUUCACUUUCGCUUUUUCCUUCAUUCA